GAAGGCCGGGGUGGAAAUCGUGAUGAGAGGGCAACAUCGGAAAAUCGGCAUCCGAUGCCGAUGGUUUGUGUGACGUUUUUCCUGCUUUCUCCCGAGCGCAAACCCAGCACGCAAGGAUGUGAAGGAAAAUUCUCUCACACAAAAGGAAACGUCGCCGUCGUUGUUCCAUGGACGCAGCAGCUUUUCCGUGAUGCAAAAUAGUGACGGUGUGGAAGUGGAAAGUGAUUGCGAAAAAAAGGCUAGCAAUUUGCUAGAUCUACUCAGAACCGAAGUCGUUUACAGUUGGAAGUGAAAUCGAACGUGUAUACAGAGUAGCCCGUAGCAGGGCAGAAAGAUAUCGGCAGGCCCGCUACAAAGCAGCACACCGUUUGUGAGGAAAAGUGUGUCCAAUGACUGCCAUCGCCAUUAGUACGAAUUGUGUUGACGGUUCCCCAGAAAGAAGGGAACGUUCCAGCAUCGUAAUCGGUGGUUGAUGCACUAAAUGCGAGAGAGCGCACACAGCCUUUGUAGAUACGUACAACCACACAAACUAAAGUGCUAAUAGAAUGGAAGAUCCAUUUUUCGUGGUGAAAGACGAAGUAUUCAAAGCAUUGAAUAAAACCCGCGGGCUCUAUAUACGGUGGCGCGAGCUGAACGAUGCACAUGCCGGUGGUUGUUCCACCACGGCCGAAGCUGACUGGACCACAACCGAACUGAAAAACUCGCUGCGCAGCAUCGAAUGGGAUCUGGAGGAUCUGGAGGACACGAUUAGCAUUGUAGAGAAAAAUCCGAGCAAAUUUAAGAUCGACAACCGGGAACUUUCCAGCCGGCGGCACUUUAUCGACGCCACCCGGGAUGAGGUGAAGUCGAUGAAGGAUCGUAUGAGCAUCAGCCGGAACCGGGAUCAGGACAUAACCGCACGCCAGCCGCUGCUCGAUAACGUCGAAUCGUCACCGUCGCAGCACUGCAACAGCAAAAAUUACAUCAACAACAACAGCAUCAUAUCAAGCGGCGGUGUCGCGGUACUGACCGGGAACGGAACGGGCACCGGUGGACACAACGGCUCGCUAAUAAACUGCCACCUGAACAAUAACAGCCAGGUGGUGAACAAUUUAAAUCUGGCCGAAACUGGUAAGCAUCUGAUCAGUUCGGCCGGCGCCGCGAUGGCUUCGUCGAGGCACAGCGGGGCAAAGUACUCCAAGCUGGAGAACAAUCUGGACGACAGCCCGAGCCACUACGUACCAUCGUCGUCUGGCGGUGCGGUACUCGAUGCCGGCUCGAGCCGGUUCGUGGAGGAUACGUUGGCAACGCAGCACCGGAUUUUGGUGGGGCAGGACGAGCAGCUGGACAUUAUAAGCGAUUCGAUCGGGACGCUUAAAACGGUUUCCCGCCAGAUUGGCAUCGAGCUGGAUGAACAGGCUGUAAUGCUAGACGAGUUUGGCAAUGAGCUGGAGCAAACGGAUUCGAAGCUGGACGCAACCAUGAAAAAGGUGGCGAAGGUAUUACACAUGUCCAACGAUCGACGACAGUGGACGGCAAUCGUAGUUCUAUCGAUAGCACUGGUAGUUGUGAUAAUUAUUUACAUCAUUCUCUAAUCCACGUGUCUACCUAUAUGUAUAUCUACGCGAACAGAAGGGGGAAAAACACUUAUUCCGGGUACGUGGAGACGUGAGUUUUUUAUAGUUUAUUAUUUUCUUAACGACGUAGUAGGAAAAAAAGGUGUAAAAGUGCGGUGCACACGAUCGUCGGAAAGCAAAACCAAAAAGAAAACCCCUUAUUAAUAUUUUAAAUUAUGUGUUCAUUUCGUGGUUCGCGGUUUUUCAAACGAUUCUCAUGGUGAUGUUAAUUUAAGUCCCCCAAAUGUAGUCCAAUUCUUUGCGUUACUAUAGUUUAAACCAAUUACCUUACACUCCAUCUAUUUUUUUUUUUUUGGCUCGUGUCUAUUCAAACCGCGUUCAAAUAAUUUAAGUUCAUGCCAAGCGGUUUUUUUGUAGCAUAAGAGUAACAAAAGCCAUUGUAAAUAUCGUACUCUCAUUACGUUCGAGAUCCGACUCGACACAUUCAACAGUCCGGACUAAUUUAGCAUUUUUUUGUAUAACCUAACAACAGUUCGUGUUGAAUAAUUAAAUUGCACUGUCUGUAUCCCUGUACCUCCUGUAUCUUCUUCGUCCUAAAAAAAUGGUAUCAACGUCGAAUAUCAUUCCUUGUUUUCCACCGAGAAGAUAAGGAUUCCUUUCUAGUCAUAGACGCGGCUCCAAAUAUACAUGUGCGGGUUUCCCAGACCAGUUUAAAAUUGUAACACUGUAUGUUAACAGUAUGCAACGCUAAUCCGACAUCGUGUUACAAUGUUGAACUGGCCUGAGCAACCCUGGCUGAUGGGUGGAAGAGAUAGUUUACUAACAUUUACAACCCUUAAACGUUCCAAAUCGGUUACAAGACUUAAGAAAUAUUUAUGUUGCGUAAAAAGGCAAACCAAACCAAUACAUAAAACAACUACAAUAGUAAACCAAGGAAAAAAAGCAAACAAACUUAGACGAACAAGCAAGAGCGCGAUCAUCAUCGCGGUCGUUUUACUAGAUGAUCGAUGAAGCAUAUAAAUAUAUAUUUUUCGUAACAUGUAUUUUAAAUAGCUCCGAAUGGUAUAACUACUAUGUUUUGAAGCAGCCAAAUUUUCCUAUAUUUCCAAACGUGUGUUGUGGAAAGCCGCAACAUUCGAAAGCAGAAACAUGUAACCCCAUUGAGGAGAGUAAGGAGAGAGCAAUGAUACAAAUGUACCGCAGUAACCUACCAGGGCUAGAGACCGGAUGUGUGGAGGGCGUCUUCCUCGCGUCGUACAGGAUCGUAGAAGGUUAGGGAGAAUGAGGACGCUCGCUUUACUCUGGGCGAGCGGAAACAGUUCGAACAGAAAGCAGAAACACAAAGUAGAAGUGUAGUGUGGACAAGUUUUUUUUGAAAUUUCCAGUAAACUAUUUUUGUCGCGUAGCAGCAAUUCAUGAUUAAAGUAAACACCUAUAUAAAGGAAUGAAAAGCAGCAUAGAA